GUUCAUGAUUCGGUUCACGGAACAUUUGCAUUUCAAUCAAGUCUCCUCGUCUGUAUUCACGAACACCUGCCCUAGUUACGAGUUCUUGACAACAGUAUUGAUUAACUUAACAAUGGUAGGGACACUUUCAGAGAUUAACAAUCAAUUCUGUUGGCAAGUAAACAAAGGGGUCCUUGGAAUUGAUCACCAAUAUCUCCGUGACAAAGCAACUGCUGUAAGAAGGUCGACAAGUUGUCUUGAACGUCAGUCUUGUGUACACAAGGUUGAGAUAAUAAGAGAUAAGACGGCUUGGCAGCGAACGUAAUGAAAGUAGUGGCCGUGAAUGGACUGAAUAAUAUUGAAAAGUUCCAGACUGGAAAGGGCCAACUGAUUUGGUUAAGCUUUGCAAUCAUGUCGGCUCAUUAAACGGAUCGUUUGUUUUGAAUGGAUUCACGCGAGCUUUCUAGCAAAUUUCAAGCGUUUCAUUCCUUGGGACCAAGAUGGAUCGUCGAUACCUGCUAGGAAAAUAUUUAGAGAUGGCAGCUUCGAGGACUUAACGAUGUCUUAUCGCGGACGCGGUUACGCCAGUACUCAUCAACAACGUCGUGCAGUGCCGAAUGGCGCAAGUCACCGUGGACGGCCUUUUCCCGCCGAUAGCAACAGCGAUUUGGAAGACAACGAUCACGUUAGACUUCCAGAAAUUGAUAAAAAUGUGAGAGAAAGAAGGCCACAGAAAAGAGAUGGUAAAAUAAAUAGCCGCAUUCCUUUGCCAGCACGGAAUAACGAAAGCGUUAGAAACCCACCUGCUGGAGACCCUCGGCGAGCGCGUAAUUCUAACUCGUCAAAUCCGGAAUUUUCUAAUGAUUCUGGUUCAGAUCCAGUCGGAAAAGACCAGCGAAGAAGUAGAGUGAACGCUGUGAAAAGAGUUACGUUCUACCGUAACGGGGAUAAGCAUUUCAAAGGUGUUGAAAUGGUGGUAACGCGGCAAAGAUACAGGUCUUUCGAGACCAUUGUGGAAGAUCUGUCAAAAGCGAUUCCACUUCCGUACGGAGUGAGAAAUGUUUUCUCGCCCGGUGGAAGUGCGGUCACAAGUAUCGGCCAGUUAGAGCAUGGAAGGCAUUAUAUCUGUUCUUCAGGAGACCAGCUUAUAAAGAAUGUAAACUACGGUAAAAAGCCGAAAGAGAAGCCUCGCUCGCUUGACGUAGAAAGCUUGUCUGACGGAUCUUCGCUGUCCUCGUCAAGUAGAGAUUCGAAGUUUGGCGGGAGUAAUUCUGACGGAAAUCCGAAACCGCGGGUUAUAACAAUCCUAAGUGAGCACGAUAGAAACAAGAAAUGCAAGAUCCUGCUAAACAGAAAGACAGUAAAAAGCUUCGAAGACGUUUUAAAAGACAUCUCUGACAUGUUGAAAUACACAGUUAAAGAGCUGCGCACUUUGGAAGGAGGCAAGGUGAAAGGCCUGUCACAGUUAUAUCGAGACACUGACACCUUUAUCGCUGGUAGCUCAGAACAAGGCUUUAAAAGAAACUUGUCCAAUCCAUCAUCUCUUAGCAGUAAUGGCCACUCGGCAUCACCUCAGCAAAGAACACGUGUACAGAAAUCACGGAAGAAACCUAGAGAGGAACCAUCUGCACAAAGCCAAGUUGUGACCAUAAAGGUGAAAGGACGAGUGCAUACUUAUCAUCACACAUCAGACUUAGAUAAAUACACAACUGACGACACUCCAGUGGCACCUCCUGAUUCCAAGCUACAACUAUCCUGGGUAUAUGGAUACCAUGGUAAAGACAGCUACAACAAUCUCCAUGUCUUACCUUCUGGAGAGAUGUUGUACUUUGUCGCCACAAUGGUGGUUAUAUACAACAAGACAACCAACACCCAAAGACAUUAUACUGGACAUGCUGAUGAUAUUAAAUGCCUGGCUGUUCAUCCUAACCAGUGGUACAUAGCAACAGGACAAGCGUCUGGUUUAUCAGUGGACCAAAAUGAACUUAGUCAUAUUCGCAUUUGGGAUGCCGAGACACUCAUUACUCUUGCUGUUCUGGCACUACAAGAGUACAGUCUGAGUAUUUCAUGUCUUGCGUUUUCACAAGAGGAUAAUGGGAAACAACUUGCUUGUGUGGAUGCACUGGAUGACGAGUAUCAUCUAACUGUGUGGGAAUGGGAAGAAAGAGCAAUCACUCAACAAAGCAAGAGCCAGUAUAGUGCUAUUGUGGCAGUGAUGUUUGAUCCAGAUGACUGCAAGACUCUUGUGACAUGUGGGAAAGAACACAUUAACUUCUGGAGGCUUCACAACACAAGGCUAGAAAGAAAGAAUGGAUAUUUUGAGAAAUAUGAGAUCCCACAAUAUUUCACGUGCUUAGAGUUUUCUCCUAAUGGAGAUGUCAUCACUGGUGAUUCAAAUGGCUCAAUCACAGUUUGGGGAAAAGUAUCAAAGAAGAUCAAGUUUGUUGUAAGGAAUGCACAUGAGAAAAGCAUUUUAAGCUUACGAUUAUUAGAGAAUGGGUCUCUGUUAAGUGGUGGCUUGGAUGGCAAAUUAGCAGCAUGGGAUGCUAAUAAAUAUUUCAAUACGCCGUUACAAGAAACUCAGGUGAGUGGGAAUUAAUUAUA